AUGGUACAACUUUCCAGAUUUGCCCUCAUAGUCAGUGCUAUCAAGGGUGCAAAUGCAUGGGGUCAACUAGGCCAUGCAACCGUCGCUUAUGUAGCCCAACACUACGUUACUCCCUCGACAGCAACAUGGGCCCAAGAUAUUCUCAAUGAUCCUUCAAGCUCAUACCUAGCAAAUAUCGCCUCAUGGGCUGAUAGCUACCGCAAAACAAGCGCGGGCAGAUGGUCAGCAAAGCUGCAUUUCAUCGACGUUGAGGAUAACCCUCCACAUAACUGCAAUGUAGACUACGAGCGCGACUGCACAAGUGCAGGGUGUUCCAUUUCCGCCGUUGCGAACUAUACCCAGCGCGCAGGAAAUCACCGCCUCUCAAAGGCGCAUAAAGCCGAAGCGCUCAAGUUCCUGGUUCAUAUCAUCGGGGACAUAGUACAGCCUUUGCACGACGAAGCGUACAAAGUCGGCGGGAAUGGCAUUAAUGUCACGUUCAACGGGCACGAAACCAACCUACAUGCUGAUUGGGAUGACUAUAUUCCCGAGAAACUGAUUGGCGGACAUGCGCUCGAGGACGCGGCGGCUUGGGCGGAGAUGUUGGUUGGAAAUAUUACUUCGGGGAGUUUUGAGAUGCAGGCUGCGGGGUGGAUUCGGGGCGACAAUAUUAGUGAGGCUGUUACAUCUGCUACGCGGUGGGUGUCUGAUUCUAAUGCGCUUGUUUGCUCGGUUGUUAUGCCUGAUGGAGCGAAUGCGUUGCAGGGUGCGGAUCUUUAUCCUGCUUAUUAUGAUUCCGUUGUUGGGACUGUUGAGAUGCAGAUUGCUAAGGGUGGGUAUCGGUUGGGUCACUGGCUUAACUUGAUUCAUGAGGCGGUGGUUGCUGAGGAUCAGGGUUUAGCGGCGUAUAGGGAUACUGCCGUUGAACUAGUUCUUCAGGGUCGUGAGUUUCUUCCGAAGCCUCGUCCUAUGAGUCGGGCAAAGAUGGCUAGAGAUGCCAUGGGUGGAUCGUGUUGCGGCUCAGAGAAGCGUGAGCAUAGUCAUUGA